AUAAAACAAAGAUGCAAAGAGUCAAAACCUCACAUCUUCCUGUUAUCAUAUUUUCCAAGCAAAUGAACUCCCAAGAAGCUUGGGUAUCAACCCUUCGCUCUAGGUGUCGAACCUUUGCUCAAAGAAAUGAAACAACCGACGCUAUCAUACUUGCAUACUGGGCAAUGAACACUGUUACUUGAUUGUGGGGAACACCAAUCAAAGACUUAUAUCCUCUGUGACAGCAUGCUACUCCAUCUGUCAAAGAGACUCAAAGAAACCUCAGAAGCUGAUUGUCAACACAUGGUUAUCUUCACUAUUUACUUCUGAAACGCCAACAAGAAGGGCUCUUAGCGUCCUGGCGCCCGUACAAGCGGCAAUCUCCGCAGAUGCCCCCUUGCCCCUUUGGGCCUUAUCGCAGGGCAGCCAACAAAAUAUUUUCCCCCGUCAGGGGGAACAGACCUUUACCACCAAAAGUGCUAAUUGACAGAGAACAGUUCCCCAUCAUGUUUGCGAUUCGUCAAGCAACCGGCAAGGGCCUCGGUGUGUUUGCAUCAAAGUCCAUUCCCAGAGGCCAAAGAAUUCUCACCGACCAGGCUCUACUCACCAUCUCAUCAUCAGAUAGCGGUUCUAUUCUUCAACAAGCUCACCUUCUCUCAACAGCUGGCCAGAAAUCACUCCUAUCACUGUCAAUCAACCCCAGCAAAUCAAGUGUUUUUAGCUGGCUAGAAUCCAUAUGGCGGAGCAAGUCUGCUCUACGAAGGACAGUCUCCAAUCACACAAUCCUCAACAUCUUCCGCAACAACAAUUUCAACAUCGGCAACCAGAUUCAAGCCCUCUUCCCUCAGGUCGCGCGACUCAACCACUCAUGCGUGCCCAACUCUCAGGGGAACUUCAACCAGGCACUGAAUGCGUUUACCAUCCACGCGACUAGGGACAUCGGCAAGGACGAGGAGAUAACCAUCUCGUACCUCGACGAGCACUUGGGCCUGCGGGAUUCGCGGCAGAGCGCACUGCAGCACGGGUACGGCUUCGUCUGCGACUGCUCCGCCUGCAACCCCGCCAGCUUCAAGGCCGGCGAGGCGCGGAGGACGGAAAUCAAGGGCCAACUGGAGCGCUUCGCCGAGGCCGCUUCGGAGGACCCGAAUGACGAGUUUGAGAUGAUGCUGGGGCUCCUAGACGCUUACGAAGCGGAGGCCAUCCGCGGCCGGGAAGUGUCUACUAUGUACAUCGCGGCCGCGCGUAAAGCGUUUGGUCUAGAGAAACCGGAGAAGGGACGGGAGUUGGCGUUGACUGGCCUGCGUCUGGAAGAAGAAGCUGUUGGGAAAGACAGUCCCUUUUACGUGGCGACGAGGAGCGAGGUAUUAGCGCUGGGCGUUGAGGCCUAGAAAGCUGUUCGUGGACUUUGGUCAUAGAAAGGAGCGAUUCCAAGCACAAAAUAGUUACGUGUUUCAAGCGAG